AUGGCAGAACCAAUCCAAGAUCCUCGCAAGACCUCUACGGCCCACGAUGAGAAUAUCGAGAAGGGCAAUGUUGAACCGCAAAAUGAUUCUGGUGCUCUGAGCAGAAACCUCGAGGCCAGGAUCAUCAACCCCCUCGAAGGCAUUCCGUACAAUCAGCUGAUGCGAGAUGUGGAAACCUUUUGCCAGGAAAAAGGCCUCUCUGAACACACGGCUGUCUUCCGUAAAGGUGCUCUAGUUGCGCAAAAUCCUGAGGGCUACCGAGAUAUCACCGGAUCCGAGCGCCUCGACGAAGCAGAGACUCUUGUGAUCGAAAGGGAGACCACUCACAAAUGGCGCAUGCCUAUUAAGCUGUUCCUCACCAUUGCUACUUGCUCUAUUGGUGCGGCUGUCCAGGGCUGGGACCAAACUGGUGUCAACGGAGCCAACAUCUUCUUGCCCAAGUACUACGGUAUUGAUGGCGAAGGCGUCGGUGACCAGCUCAUCCUUGGUCUUCUGAACGCCGGCCCAUAUUUCGGCAGCGCUCUCUGUGGAUGCUGGCUAUCCGACCCCCUCAACCACUACCUUGGCCGCAGAGGUGUUAUCUGGUUCUCAGCUCACUUCUGCAUUUGGCCUCUCAUCGGCUCGGCAUUCUCUCAAAACUGGCAGCAGCAGCUCAUCAACCGUCUCCUCAUGGGAAUCGGUAUGGGCGUCAAGGCCUCCACUGUCCCCAUCUACGCCGCCGAGAACGCACCAGCGUCUAUUCGAGGUGCUCUUGUCAUGUCUUGGCAAAUGUGGACAGCAUUUGGUAUCAUGUUGGGCACUGCUGUCAACCUGGCUCUGUUCAACCACGAACACAACUGGCGUCUCAUGCUUGGUGCUCCCUUUAUUCCAGCUGUGCCUCUCUUGUGUCUUAUCUACUUCUGCCCCGAGUCGCCUCGUUGGUACAUGAAGAAGGGACGCUACACCGAUGCCUGGAAGGCCAUGAUCCAACUGCGCCACAAUGAGAUCCAGGUCGCCCGCGACAUGUACGCUAUUCACUCUCAGCUUGCUAUUGAGCACAAGAUUCUCAAUCGUAACAACUACGUUACUCGGUUCACGCAACUGUUCACCAUCCCUCGCGUUCGUCGCGCAACACUCUCUGCGUUCACAGUAAUGUUGGCUCAGCAAAUGUGCGGUAUUAAUAUCAUUGCUUUCUACUCCACGACGAUUUUCAAGGAAGCAGGCCAAAGCGAUAAGCAGGCUUUGCUUGCGUCGUUCGGUUUCGGCCUCGUCAACUGGCUUUUCGCCUUCCCUGCAUUCUGGACCAUUGACACCUUCGGAAGAAGGUCUUUGCUUCUGUUCACCUUCCCUCAGAUGACUUGGACACUCCUCGCAGCCGGUCUUUGCACCCUCAUCGACAAGGAGAAGCACGAGACUCUACGGACGGCCCUGGUCGCGCUCUUUGUCUACCUGUUCGGUGCGUUCUAUUCGCCCGGAGAGGGUCCUGUACCUUUCACCUACUCUGCAGAGGUAUUCCCCCUUUCCCACCGUGAAGUCGGCAUGGGUUUCGCCGUCGCCACGUGCCUCUUCUGGGCUGGCAUCCUCGGCAUGACUUUCCCUUUCCUCCUCAAGAGACUCGAGACCGUCGGCGCGUUUGGACUCUACGCCGGCUUCAACGUGGUGGCCUUCAUCAUGAUUCUGUUCUGGGUCCCCGAGACGAAACAGCGCACCCUCGAGGAGCUCGACUGGGUGUUCGCGCUGCCCACCUCCCGCUUCAUGUCUUACCAGGUGAACAAGUUCAUUCCCUGGUUCAUCAAGCGUUGGGUCUUCUUCAACAAGAACGCCGAGCUCGAGCCUCUCUACUCCUUCGAGCAGCGCCAAGCCGCCGGUCCUACUCGGAGCGACAGUUCCGAUGCCGCCGUGUCGGACUCUGAGAAGAGGGUGUAA